AUCAUGAUCAUGCAUCAGUCGUCGAAAUGACGCGUAACGGAGCGUUUCCAUCGUCAUCUUCGUCUUCCUUCUCUUGCUUCUUGCUACUCCUUGCGACGUUACCUUCGCAUCAAGAAGUUCGCGCUUCGGUUACUUUCGACUUAAGUCCUUUACUUUUUGGAGCGUUGGUAAAGGAUUCAAAGUCGCACGAAUCAAAAGAUAUCAAAUUACCGGGUUGCAUAGAGUGCGGAGAGUACAGAUGUCCGGAAAAUCCGUCAAAGUGCCUCUUGGGCUCCGUAUCGGAUCCUUGUGGAUGCUGCAAAGCUGGCGUGUGCGCUCGUCUUGGCGGAGAGCCCUGUUGGAAUUCGAGUAUCCCGGAACUUAACGCUAACAGCCGUAAGGAUGGCCUCUGUGCGAGGAAUUAUUUUUGCCAAUUACGUUCCGAUCUUCAGGAAGAGGACGAAGCGGAAGCGAUCUGUAUCUGCAUGGAGCAGACACCAGCAUGCGGUAGCGACGAAGUGACUUAUGAAACACCGUGCGCCCUUCACGAGGAAGCGAUGAAGCUCAAGAAUCAUUUGUCUUUGAAAUUACAGCAUCUUGGCCCUUGCCAAACUCGACCAUGGAUCGUUUCCUACUCGGAACAUGUCGUCUCGAGUGUCGGCCAGCGUGUUCUUCUUGCUUGCGAAACUAAAGGUUUUCCAGUACCUGAUAUUUUCUGGGAAUUUCAUUCUCCUGAUGGAAAAAGGGUUCUCAAACUAACAGGUGAAGAACACGUCAUCACCGUACAAAGUGAUCAAGAUUCGAAAUCUUUGACGAGAACGUCUUGGCUUCAACUGCCACGACUGACUAAAGAACACGUUGGGACGUAUCAUUGCAUUGCAAAUAAUUCGAUAGGGCAGGCAGGCGCAGCUUCCUUCGUAUCGAUGGUUUAAGGUCCUGAUUACAUUCCGUAGAAAAAGUGAGUUCGAUCGUGGUGGAAAGUGGAAAACGGAUUAGAAUGGAAUUAAGGGAAAAGGAGAAACAUUAAUCACGCUCGUCUGGAAGAAAUCGUAUUAAGUAUUUUUUUUUCGAUCGUGCAAAUGGUCGAAGCAAAUGUUUAAAAAAAUGAAACAAUCCUUCAUAGGUAUUGCUUUACACAUUUACAUCACAACAACGUUGCAUUUUUAUGACCCGACUAUUAUUUAUUUGUCGGGUUCAGGAAUAUAUAAAUAAAUAUUAUCUAAUGUCA